GCUCUCGAGGGUUUUCUCCAAAACCCUCGCUAACCCUCGCCGGCUUCCGAUGGCCAGAGACGGCAAGCCACCGCCUGUGAUUGCGGUCCUCUCCUCCGACGAAGAAGAGGAUUAUCAUCGUCGUCAUGUGAAAAGGGAAGGUGAAAGGCGGACGAGAAGGGAGAAAUGGCGGAUGUUCUCGGGUGUGGAGGUGAAGACUGCGGAGGAGAAGCUCGGUGACGAUGAUGAUUGCUGCAUCCUUGGGUGUAAUCUCAGUUAUGCGUUGAUGAAGAUGAAUCCCUUGCAUGAAGAGAAAGAUGACGAUGUCUCCAUUGUCUUCGAACGAGGCCAGGUAGCUUGCAAGGAUUUCCCUCACUCACGGCAUUUAUGUGUGAAAUAUCCCUUCAGCAAGACAUCCCAUGAGAGCUACUGCAAACAGUGCUAUUGCUACGUCUGUGAUGCUACGGCUCCCUGCAAAAACUGGACUGGAUUGUUAGGACAUUGUCAUGCAUCAGAUACAGGCAGUAGAUGGCAGGAUUUGAGAAAAUCUAGACCCUAAAUUACCAUGGUGAAGAUAUCUGUAUGGGAAGUUUUUGAGAUUUUAUUAGUGGUGGUAAGUGUAGAUUUUAGAACGGCCGAAAAUUUCAGAUGAGUGCAGGAAGUCUCGAGUCUUUUACUUAUUACACUUCUUUACUAGUUUCAGGAAAUGUUUUGGUUUUCGUAUUUCUAUUUCAAUAUAAGUUAAAUCUAAAUUUCAAUAUGUAUACAUAUAUACAUAUGAGUAUCAAUCAUCUAGAGAUGUCCCACAACAUUCAUCAUCCAACGAUUGUUGUUUUAUUAUAAAUAUAAGUUAAAUCUAAAUUUCAAUAUGUA